AAAACGCUAUGAGGAGGCACAACAAUCCCAUCGGGACCAAGAGGAUGCUGCACGUGCAUUGUCCGAAAAGGUAAAGGAACUAAGUUUGGAGAACCGAGGAUUACGGAUCGUGUUGUCACAUUUGAAGACUGAACUCCAGGACGGACUCAUCGUACGGUAUACUCCUACUAUUGAAGAGACUAAUAGCCCCGUUGCCAGACGUGAUUCACCACCUGACUCCAGCAAUCUUGAUGAACUCCAAAGGCUACAGGUCAGAAUCAAAGAGCAGACCUUGCUUCUCCAAUCGUAUCGCGAAAAACUCUUCGAUAGCGAAUCACGUAUUGUCCAACUGGACCGACAACUGAGUGGUAAUAUGUGUCGCAGUUAUGCAUCGAACAUGUGUUUCACUCUGGGUUAUUCGCUGACCCAGCUCCAGUUACACUCGAAUUCAUAUUGA